ACUACCGGUAUUCAAGUAUUAUUUACACUUCCCCCGCUUUUCGCGUCUUCCAUCUCGAAUCAGGGGCCUCCGCCCCAGAUCACCGUGGAUCAUUUAUAUUCGGGAAGGUAGGAGACCCUCAGGAUCUGUACUAUCACUACAAUCUGCGUUUCUCGGUUGUGUGCAAUUUUCGCCUAACGACCAGGAGAAUGGGUACCCCAAGGAGAAGCUUCCUCCCUCGCGAGGGAUUGUAUAUUGAUCCGAUUAUCAUGGGCCUACGCAAGACGAUUCUCCAUCCCGGUUUCAGCAUCCCUGCCUGGUGCGUUGCGCAGCGGGCGGGGAUAGCGUCACCACUCUACACGCAAGUUGCUCAAUACCUCGCUAUGGCCAGCGUCCUCCUCUGGCUCAACACGUAUCUCAGUGUGAAAAGCCGAAACAACUGGACCAUCGAUCAUAUGUGGGAUGAUGACUGGACGAAAGAGAUUGUGGUGGUCACUGGGGGUAGUGGCGGGCUGGGGGCCGGGGUCGCUCAGCGACUAGCGGCUAUGGGAGCCCGUGUAGUGGUCGUCGAUAUUAUCCCUUUAACUUAUUUGCCUGAGAACGACCGCAUCACCUAUUAUAGAUGUGAUUUGAGUGAUGAGAAAGAGAUCGCAUCCUUAUGCGAAAAGGUUCGAUCCGAGAUUGGCGAUCCAUCGGUCUUGGUCAACAAUGCCGGCCUCUCGCGCGGUCAAACCGUAGCGGAGGGGACGUACCACGAUAAUAGUAUCACCUUCAAGACGAACCUCCUCGCCCCGUUCCUUCUGACCAAGGAAUUCCUUCCCGGCAUGAUCCGCCGCCAGCAUGGCCAUAUUGUCAACGUCUCCUCGAUGAGCGCCCAUAUUCCUCCCGCGGGACUGGCGGACUACGCGGCUUCAAAGGCCGGGUUGAUCGCGUUUCAUGAGUGUCUAUCUCAAGAGCUCAAAUUUCGCCACAAUGCUCCCAAAAUUCGAACCUCGCUUUUAGUCCUGAGCUUUACCAAAACCCCAAUGUUCAAGGGGGAAACCAACCAAUCCCAUUUCUUCAUGCCGCUGUUGCAUGCGGACACGGUGGUGGAUGCGAUCGUUGACACUCUGGUGGGUGGGUUGAGUAGGACCAUUUUCUUACCGGGGAUCUUUCGGCUUUUUGCUGGAUUGCGAGGUGCGCCGGAAUGGUUCCAGACUUUAAUCCGAGACGGCUCGCAAUCCUUGGCGGUGGACUUUAAAGGCCGGCAAAAAAUCGAUCCGGUUGCGGGAAAGCUUAUCUAGGGUUGAUGAUAUCAUUUCCGAUGAAUAGCAGGUGUGGAUAGGAGAUUGUGUAGCUAUGAUGUAUUGUGUUAAAUUGUCGAUAGUAGACGGGAGCUGUGCCGUGACCGGAACAGUCGGCCCACGCCCGGGCGGGGUCCGGAACGCACCCGACAUACUUCCUGGAUUGAGUGCAAUAAGAAGACCCUACCUCUUUUGCCCGGAGGUUA